UCUGCAGCCGGGCAGAGUCCGACCCCCGAAGCAGGCGGCACGGAAGGCCCCUUUUUCCUCCCCUUUGGCCCCCCCGACUUAAAAUGCCCCCCAACAUCUUGGAGGACAACCACGGCAAAGGACGGCAAGAGACCACGGUGUCCUGCCGGUCACUGGGCGAGGGCUCCUGGUGCAAGCUGGCCUACUGGGAGCAGGGCUUGCGCGUGGGCCGCCUCUUCCCGGUCUGGGAGGACCAAGUGGGCAUCUACUCGGACCCCACGCCCGGCCUGGGCGGCCUCUGCUUGCCUCGCCUGCCUUCCCGGAGCCGCAGCCGGGCCGUGCGCCGGACGAGGGCCACCCUGGGCCGGGGCCUGCUCUUGAGCCGCCAGGCCGGAGGGGUCUGGGCCCACAACCGCGGACAGCGCCCCCUCUUCCUCCACUCGCCCACCCUGGGCCCCCACGUCCACAAGGUGCCCGCUGGCCACGCCAUCAAGGCCUUCGAUUACGAGGAGGAGGAGGAUGAGAAUGGUGAUGGGGGCAAGAGGGCCGGGAAGGGGCCCGCCGAGGGGCCCGGCCCUUGUGACCUCCACGCCCUGCGCAUCAGCUUCGCCAAGGGGUGGGGGCCUCGCUACUCACGGCGCUUCAUCACCUCUUGCCCUUGUUGGGUGGAGGUCCUCCUCAACGCUCCCAGAUGAAGGAGAAGAUGAUGAAGAAGAAGAACAAUGGGAUUCCUACCAUCUCUAGGAGUCUGUCUAUCUACUCUAUCUAUCUAUCUAUUAUGGCAGGAUGAGGUUGGACUAGAUGACCUUCUUUGGGGGCCCUUCCAACCCUAUCUAUCUCUAUCUACCUAUAAUGGCAGCUUCGCCAAGGGGUGGGGGCCUCACUACUCACGCCGCUUCAUCACCUCUUGCCCUUGUUGGGUGGAGGUCCUCCUCAACACUCCCAGAUGAAGGAGAUGAUGAUGAAGAAGAAGAACAAUGGGAUUCCUACCAUCUCUAGGAGUCUGUCUAUCUACUCUAUCUAUCUAUCUAUCUAUCUAUCUAUCUAUCUAUCUAUCUAUCUAUCUAUCUAUCUAUCCAUUAGGGCAGAAUGAGGUUGGACUAGAUGACCUUCUUUGGGGGCCCUUCCAACCCUACCUAUCUCUAUCUACCCAUAAUGGCAGAAUGAGGUUGGACUAGAUGGUCUUCUUUGGGGCCCCUUCCAACCCUAUCUAUCUCUAUCUACCUAUAAUGGCAGAAUGAGGUUGGACUAGAUGGUCUUCUAUAGGGCCCCUUCCAAGCCUAUCUAUCUCGAUCUACCUAUAAUGGCAGAAUGAGGUUGGACUAGAUGACCUUCUUUGGGGCCCCUUCCAACCCUAUCUAUCUCUAUCUACCUAUAAUGGCAGCUUCGCCAAGGGGUGGGGGCCUCGCUACUCACGCCGCUUCAUCACCUCUUGCCCUUGUUGGGUGGAGGUCCUCCUCAACGCUCCCAGAUGAAGGAGGUGAAGAAGAAGAAGAACAACAACAAUGGGAUUCUUACUCACUCUAGGAGUCUAUCUAUCUACUCUAUCUAUCUAUCUAUUAGGGCAGAAUGAGGUUGGACUAGAUGGUCUUCUUUGGGGGCCCUUCCAACCCUACCCAUCUCUAUCUACCUAUAAUGGCAGAAUGAGGAUGGACUAGAUGACCUUCUUUGGGGGCCCCUUCCAACUCUAGGAGUCUAUCUGUCUAUCUAUCUAUCUAUUAGGGCAGAAUGAGGUUGGACUAGAUGGUCUUCUUUGGGACCCCUUCCAACCCUAUCUAUCUCUACCCAUAAUGGCAGAAUGAGGUUGGACUAGAUGACCUUCUUUGGGGCCCCUUCCAACUCUAGGAGAUCUAUCUAUCUAUCUAUCUAUCUAUCUAUCUAUCUAUCUAUUAUGACAGAAUGAGGUUGGACUAGAUGACCUUCUUUUGGGUCCCUUCCAACUCUAGAAGUCUAUCUACUCUAUCUAUCUAUCUAUCAUCUAUCUAUCUAUCUAUCUAUCUAUCUAUC